UGACAGUAUUAUAAAGGUUUUGUUGAGAUAUUUGAUAUAGUUAUUUAAAAAUGUUUAUUAGAUUUGGUUCGAAAGAUGACCCAUCGAAUUUUAGAAGAUACCUUCCUCAACUUCUGGCAGUGCUUAUUAAAAACUUUAACUUAUUUAUUUUUGGUCUGGCGAUGGCAAUGCCCACAAUUUUAAUACCAAUGUUAGGUGGAAACGAUGAGGAUGGUGAUGAGGUCAUUAUUUUAAGCGAUGAAGCAAUUUCUUGGAUUGCUUCCGUCAACCAUUUGUGCGUUCCUAUCGGUUGCUUAUUAUCGGGCUUCGUUAGCUCCCCCAUGGGAAGGAAACGGUUCUUGCAAAUCAACAGUUUACCGUUUUUUGGCGCCUUCCUCCUGCUCUAUUUUGCGACACAGCCCUGGCAAUUGUUCCUCGCUUUGAGCGUCACGGGAAUAUCGGGAGGAUUGAGUGAGUCUCCGGCACUUAGCUACACAACAGAAAUCACAGAACCUACUCUAAAGAGGAGAAUACUCUUUACGUUUAUUUUGGCCGCUUUUAAUAGCUGGAGAACUGUAGCAUUAGUUAAUGCUAUUAUACCAUUAGUGGGAGUUGUAUUCUUGGCUUUACUGCCAGAAUCACCUUAUUGGUUGCUGGACAAAAAUCGCGUUGAUGAUGCUAAAAGGAGUUUGGCUUGGCUGAGAGGAUGGACAACAGUACACAACAUAGAAAAAGAAUUCGGCGAGAUACAACACAAUGUCGAAGAAAACCGCACAACCAAGAAGAGAAAAUCACUUUUUAACAAAGCGACCGCAAAGUUGUACUUCAAAUCAAAUUUCAUCAAACCCUUUUUGCUGGUAAUACUCACUUUUAUACUCAGUCACUUUAACGUGACUCCUUAUACAACUUACGCAAUUAAAAUAUUCAGUUUGCUGCGAGUACCGAUCAACUCCUACUAUGCUACUAUCAUCACCGGAACCUGUAACAUGUCUGGAUCGUUACUAUGUUUAAUGAUAUUAUCAAUCACUGGAAAAAGACUGCUUUCUUUUAUUUCUUUGUUAGGCAUCUCUAUUUGUUUCUUGAUAGUGGGUAUAUAUACUUGGAGUGUUGGAGUACAAUACUUCACUGAUGAUACAUCAUUACUAGAUGAAACGACAACGUGGAUACCCUUAGUUUUCCUUGUCCUAAUGGGCUUCUUCAGUUACCUAUUAAGUUUUGCCCUGCCAUGGGUUAUUAUGGGUGAAAUAUACUACCACGAAGUCAGGGAUGUGGCUACUGGAGUUUCUGCCGCUGUAGGGUAUCUGAUAGGGUUUCUAGCGAACAAAACCUUCUUGAAUAUGGUGUCGUGGAUAACACUGGGUGGUGUAUUUUGGUUUUAUUCUGCUGUGACAGCCGUGGGAAUUAUUCUGUUGUAUUUCUUUCUUCCGGAAACUGAAGGAAAGAGUUUUGGGGAGAUAUAUGAUCAUUAUAGUGGUGUGAAAAAGUUGGAUAACAAGGUUAGAAGGGAUAGGAAUCAUUAAGAGUGGCCAUAUAUCAGUAAUAUGUUUACAUGGCUAGUAAAGACUUUAAGCAUCUGCCAAGAGAAUGAGACUAAGGCAUUUUAUUAAACGUCGGCGUUUUAAACAAUAGGAGGAUAUUUCGCAAAUAGCCUAUCUGUUUUCAGUCGCUUUGCAAAACGCGUAAUAAAGACUAGUCAGAUUGCACAACAAAUUUUGCCCGGGAUUAGUCAAAAGUAACCUAAAUUUAUCCAACGACAUUUCUUGAACUUCUGUUUCAAGAUUAGAAAGUAAUGGCACAAAAAGUGAAAAUUCUGUUAAAUGGGGUAUGGUUAAGGACGAUUAUUAUAAAGAUCUAAAUUCAUUCAAAGCAUAAGAGUUCCAAAAAAAAAGAAAGCAAAGUUCUACAAAGAGGCAGCCCUGUACACAAAAUUAAAUUACAGAGUAUAAUAAUUAAACGAAAUAUUACUAUUAAGUUUUUAAUAUAUUUUGUAUUUAAAAUUAUCUUACUUAUAAUUAUUAUAAUUUAUGAAAUAGGGUUCAAGUUGUUUUCGU